CAAACCCUAAAAAUUAGGAGGCUUGUCCCUUCACCCGCCGCCGCACUCUCCACCAAAUCCUCUGUCGGUAUCCUCCCAGAUCUGAUCCAGCCAACCACGCGCAGCCAACCCCCUUCCUCGUUUUCAGAUCCACCAUCCAUCCCUUUGAUCCAUCUCCAGUCAACGACCGCCGACGCUCAAAUCCCGCAGGAGCCCGAGCUCCACCUCUUCGCCACCAUCCCCGCCUCCUGGAUCCUCACGUCCCCAGCGCCAUAGCUGGACCUCGUCGGAGACGCCGGCUAACGAGGACAACCCCGCGCCCCUGUCUUCCUUUUUCCCAUGCUCCUGUUCCUCCUUCCCUCACACGCCUCUCUCUCUCUGACUUGCCACAGCAGGGAACAGUCGCCGGCGCCCUGCAUCCUGUCCCGCUCGCGCAUGACCGCACCAAUGGCCAGCGCCCAUCCUCGGCUUCGUCUCGACCAGGAGCACCAUGCCGCCUGAUGCUCAAGCCACCACCGGGAAAAGACUUCAUCGCCACGAGUUCCGGUGUUCAGGUCCUCCUCGUGUGCUGCCCGAGUCUCCCCUGCUUCGCCAAGCCAUUGUCUCCGGCCAAAUCCUCUUCCUCGACGAGAUCCUCGCCCGCACCUCCGCUGCCCCGACUCCAUCUCUCGCCAUCCUCUUCGUCGAUCCGGCCGGCCGCCAUGCGGCGCUGCUGUGGACAUCCCCGUUGAGCGCUUGUGCCGUUGGAGCUCAUCGCCGGUCCUCUUGCGCGCCCGAAGCUCAAGCUCCUCUGCCCGGGCGUCCCACGCACCUCAAGCUGCCGUCCCGCGCCUGGAGCCGCGCCCCUCCGUCCCCUGCGCCUCUGUUUCUUCCUCGCCGCCGCAGUCCUGUUUCACGCCGCGCCGCUCCUCUGUUUCGUUCGAGCAGCAACGAGCAGGUCCGCUCGCGUUGACCAAGCGAGGCAAGCGCCAGGCCCAGCCUGCUUCUUUGCCACGGCCCAGCGCACCCCUCCUCACCCAGUCGGCCUUCUUCCACUAAACCGGGCCAAAGCCCAUGGGUGAGGCCACCCCCAGCGCCUCCUUUUUUCUAUGCUUUUGGGCCAGACAGAUUCGGCCCGAGCCACUGUUUUUUUUUCAUGGACGAUUUCCUAAUUUUUCCAGUGCUUUACAGAUUUUGCAGAGAACCCCCUAGGCUUCAUGCAUUUAUUAACUCACAAUCUAUGCAUCAUAUGUAAAAACCUUAUAUAUGAAAAAUGCUUAGAUUUUCAUCUAGAUUUAUAAUAUCCAACUUUCAUCCA